ACGGCACUUGGAGUGUCGUCUUCGGGGCUGGGAGCGGGGAGUGAGCAGAAGGACGUCCGUGAUGGAAGGAAGAGCACGUUCCAGGGCUUGGGCAAAGGAGAGGGAGGUGGCACGCCCCUCGAUUUCUCUAUUUUAAGGUGGGGGGGGGGCUGUCUUUGUGUAGGAAGGGCUUUCUGGGCUCUCCCACCCCUGUGGGAAGCGUUCCCCCACCCACUCACACCAUCUGCCGAGGGGCAGGACCUCAAGGGCAGGAGCUCAACGACUAAGGACAGCGCUGGGCUUUCUGAAAAGAGUGGAGACGAAGCCCUCGGCCCUUCGGGGGAUCUGACUCAAGGCAUCACCCCGCCUCGCCGCCCCCAGUCCCGGCGCUAAGACCCAGCGGGCACGCCUGGCAGGCCCCGGCCCCUGAGCCCGCCCGCCUGCCCGCCCGCUGGGCCGGGACGCCUGCUUGGCCGGGGAGAGCCGGCCGGCGCGGAGGGGGCAUGGCUCGGACGGCGUGGGGGCUGCUGUGGCUGCUGCUGGGCAGCGCAGGGGCGCAGUACGAGAAGUACAGCUUCCGGGGCUUCCCGCCCGAGGACCUGAUGCCCCUGGCCGCGGCCUACGGGCACGCGCUGGAGCAGUACGAGGGCGAGAGCUGGCGCGAGAGCGCGCGCUACCUCGAGGCGGCGCUGCGGCUGCACCGGCUGCUGCGGGACAGCGAGGCCUUCUGCCACGCCAACUGCAGCGGCCCCGCGCCGCCCUCCGCAGCGACCCCCGGGCCGGCGCCGCCCGACCCCGACGGCGGUCACGAAGACGAGUGGGCCCGCGAGCUGCAGCUCUUCGGCUACGUCCUGGAGCGCGCCGCCUGCCUGCGGCGCUGCAAGCGUUCGCUGCCCGCCUUCCAGGUGCCCUACCCGCCGCGCCAGCUGCUGCGCGACUUCCAGAGCCGCCUGCCCUACCAGUACUUGCACUACGCGCAGUUCAAGGCUAACCGGCUGGAGAAGGCGGUGGCCGCGGCCUACACCUUCCUCCAGAGGAACCCGAAGCACGAGCUCACCGCCAAGUACCUCAACUACUAUCGGGGGCUGCUGGACGCCGCCGAGGAGCCCCUCACGGACUUGGAGGCCCAGCCCUACGAGGCCGUGUUCCUCCGGGCUGUGAAGCUCUACAACAGCGGCGAUUUCCGCGGCAGCACGGAGGACAUGGAGCGGGCACUGGCCGAGUACCUGGCCGUCUUUGCCCGGUGUCUGGCUGGCUGCGAGGGGGCCCACGAGCAGGUGGACUUCAAGGACUUCUAUCCAUCCAUAGCAGAUCUCUUCGCCGAAUCCCUGCAGUGCAAGGUGGACUGUGAGACCAACUUGACCCCCAACGUGGGUGGCUACUUCGUGGAGAAGUUCGUGGCCACCAUGUACCACUACCUGCAGUUUGCCUACUACAAGUUGAACGACGUGCGCCAGGCCGCGCGCAGUGCCGCCAGCUACAUGCUCUUCGACCCUGCAGACAGUGUGAUGCAGCAGAACCUGGUGUAUUACCGCUUCCACAGAGCUCGCUGGGGCCUGGAGGAGGAGGACUUCCAGCCCAGAGAGGAGGCCGUACUCUACCACAACCAGACAGCCGAGCUGCGGGAGCUGCUGGACUUUGCCCACAUGUACCUGCAGUCAGAUGAUGAGAUGGAGCUGGAGGAGCCAGAACCACCCACGGAGCCUGAGGAGCCUCCAUCUGAUGCCGAGUUUGAAGGGGAGGGUGACUACGAGGAGAGCAUCUAUGCCGACUGGUGGCAGGAGCCCGACGCCAAGGGUGACGAGGCUGAGGCCGAGCCGGAGCCUGAACUCCCAUGAGAAGAGGGGUGGGGCAGAGCUUGGGAAGCCUGGCCCAGGGGCACCACCCUCACCAGCCUGGGCAGCUACAAGAACUAUUUAUUAAACAUGUAAAGUGGACAGAGCUGACCAGGCCCCAGCCUAUCCCACCUGUGGACACUGCUCCCCAGACCCCUCCUGCCUCCUCACUGGGUCCCUAGACCUCAGGACCUGCCCUCCUCCCAGGGCUCUCUCCACCAGGACAGUCUCCUGGAGAAGAUUCCAGCUCUUCCUGGUUGGGGUCCCAGCCUGAACUGCAGAGACAGCAAAGGGGCAGCUGCAUUAUGAAGAGCAGGGGACCAGGAGUCCAGCUGUUCCUGGCAGACCGGUAUUGGGUGCUCAAUAAACCUUUCUUACUGAAUGAA